AUGGAGGGCAAGGUGUAUCUCUGGCCAGACAAUAGUAUCUCGCACGGAAACGAUCAAAUGAAAUUUCCACAGGAGUAUCUACACCGCCUAAGUGUCGCGGCUAAGCAUGCUAAGAUCGCGACCAGAGACGAGAGGAUGGCCACAUUGGAUACAAGUCGUGAACAUGUGGAACACUUCAUUGCCACGUUGGACGAUCGCGAUCUGGCCAAGCAUCUGACCCUACUGCUACUGGCCGAUACCAAUGAGUUGAAUGAGACGUUGCGUGCAUGCCAAAGGAUAAAGAGUCGUCAGUUGAAGACGUCGACAGGAUCGAAUAAGUUCCACCAGCGAGCGAAUACUUCACUAAAUCCUACGCCAUCCAAGACUGCUCGGGCGGUGAAGGCAAUCCGUGAGUGGAUCGGAUCGGAAUCGGACUCGAUUGGAUCUGAUGAAGACAAGGAUCGCCGCCGAGUCUUUGUGACCACUACAUCUUGUCAAGAGAGAUCGGAGCAAGAUCAUCGUACCUGGCAGAAGAAUACUGGUGAAGAAGAUAGACGUGAACGAAAUGGAAAAUUGAAGGCAUGCACUCACUGA